AUGUCCAAGAUGAUCCUCAAACGCACGACUAUUGGGAAGCUUCAGUCUUGGACUCCUUGGCAUUACACGUCCAAGAGAUCAUCCGGAAACGCACAAUCAGAUUUGUUGCUCCUCAAGACCGAGAGACGCGAGAAUCGCACGUUGACCGGCGUCGUCAACAAGCAGAAGUCUCGCCAAGGCGAGCUCGAGGGCAGAUUGCUGGAAACGGAGAAGGCUUGGAUGGCUGCUCAGGUCGAGUUGGCUAACGUUCAAGAGAUUAGGGAAGAGCUGCAACGCCAGAAAGAAAUGACGGUAUUGGAGAUCAAAUCGAUCGCGCUAGGUGGAGAAGACGAAAACAUGUUGGGUCAAAUCGUAAGCCGCAUAGGAUCGUAUCCGAUUAGAAGAGCGAGCGUGGGCAACAACCGCCAAAUCUCACUGACCACCAAAAAUCUGCGUCUUCUCAGUGCCCAAGACUGGCUUGUAACCGCAUCGCCAUGCUCAAAUUUGCGACUCGACCCUCACAAAGAGUCAGAGUUCGAGACGGAAUACUCACUGGGACGGUUCAUCUCUGCUGGAGGCUAUUAUAAAUUUCUUGGGACCAAGUCGGAAUCGCGCAGUGCGGUGGUUGAGACGAUGAAUUGCAUCCAGAGCCAACUCAUUAAGGCUGCUCUUUGUACAGCCGGACAGCUGGACAAGGAAGAGUUGAAAGGCUACGGAAUCACCUCGCCCUUCCUGAAAUCGGCUCUCUCCUGGAUGUCGACCGACUCCCAAGGCUUGAAGGUGAUUGCCCUCCUGCGCGGAAGAAGAAAGCCGCACAGCAGCGUCAACUUCGAGUCCGACAACGCCACCAGCUUUUCCAUCUCUUCUUCCUCCCCCAACCCAAACAAACAGCCGGGUAACGGAACUCCAUUGGUCUCAGCCUACAGCCCGACUGAUGACCACCCCAUCCCCUCGAACCGCUAG